CUGCCUUACUUUGCCCUUUUUCAUCAACCUCUUACAAGAACCGCAGGACAUCAUCGCCAUCCCCAGAAACACCAACGAAACACGCCAGGACCAACAGUACAUCUCAUCUCGCAAGGAGGAAGACCCAUCACCAUGUCGAACAUCAACAUCAGUUGCAUCGCCAUCAUUGGCAAGCAGAACAACCCUCUAUUCAUCAAGAAUUUCAACCCUUCACACCCAGAUCUCAAAUACCACUAUAUCGCACACACAUCAUGCGAUGUCAUGGAGGAACGAGCGGCGAUGAAGGCUCAGGACAUGUAUCUUGGCGUAUUAUUCUCUAUGGAGGACCUCUCCGUCUACGGAUACAUGACCAAUACCAAGAUCAAGUUCAUCACAGUCCUCACAGUGCCCGAUGUCAUCAUCAAGGACCUCGAUAUGAAGAAUGUAUUCCGCAGGAUCCAUGCAGCCUAUGUGAACCAUGCCAGCAACCCAUUCUACGAUAUCGACUCGCAAAAAAUGAUUAAAAGUAAAAAGUUUGAGCAGGAGAUCGAGGCCAUCGGCAAAGGUCGUGCACUCGAAGGCGGAAACAGAAACUCUCUCCUUCCAGCGCAGGCUUCAUGAUCCAUAUCGGAAAAUAAACAAAACGUUCAAAGUAAUAGUUAAUACAA